AUGAUCAACAAUGUGAAAGGCAUAACCUCGAAGCACAUUACCUCGGUGGACCCCAGCACAUUACCCUGGUGGACCCCAGCACAUUACCUCGGUGGACCCCCAGCACAUUACCUCGGUGGACCCCCAGCACAUUACCUCGGUGGACCCCAGCACAUUACCCUGGUGGACCCCAGCACAUUACCUCGGUGGACCCCAGCACAUUACCUCGGUGGACCCCAGCACAUUACCUUGGUGGACCCCAGCACAUUACCUCGGUGGACCCCAGCACAUUACCUCGGUGGACCCCAGCACAUUACCCUGGUGGACCCCAGCACAUUACCUCGGUGGACCCCAGCACAUUACCUUGGUGGACCCCAGCACAUUACCUCGGUGGACCCCAGCACAUUACCUCGGUGGACCCCAGCACAUUACCCUGGUGGACCCCAGCACAUUACCUCGGUGGACCCCAGCACAUUACCUCGGUGGACCCCAGCACAUUACCCUGGUGGACCCCAGCACAUUACCUCGGUGGACCCCAGCACAUUACCUCGGUGGACCCCAGCACAUUACCUUGGUGGACCCCAGCACAUUACCUCGGUGGACCCCAGCACAUUACCUCGGUGGACCCCAGCACAUUACCCUGGUGGACCCCAGCACAUUACCUCGGUGGACCCCAGCACAUUACCUCGGUGGACCCCAGCACAUUACCCUGGUGGACCCCAGCACAUUACCUCGGUGGACCCCAGCACAUUACCUCGGUGGACCCCAGCACAUUACCCUGGUGGACCCCAGCACAUUACCUCGGUGGACCCCAGCACAUUACCUCGGUGGACCCCAGCACAUUACCUCGGUGGAUCCCAGCACAUUACCUCGGUGGACCCCAGCACAUUACCUCGGUGGACCCCAGCACAUUACCUCGGUGGACCCCAGCACAUUACCUCGGUGGACCCCAGCACAUUACCUCGGUGGACCCCAGCACAUUACCUCGGUGGACCCCAGCACAUUACCUCGGUGGACCCCAGCACAUUACCUCGGUGGACCCCAGCACAUUACCUCGGUGGACCCCAGCACAUUACCUCGGUGGACCCCAGCACAUUACCCUGGUGGACCCCAGCACAUUACCUUGGUGGAUCCCAGCACAUUACCCUGGUGAACCCCAGCACAUUACCUUGGUGGACCCCAGCACAUUACCCUGGUGGACCCCAGCACAUUACCUUGGUGGACCCCAGCACAUUACCUCGGUGGAUCCCAGCACAUUACCCUGGUGGACCCCAGCACAUUACCUUGGUGGAUCCCAGCACAUUACCCUGGUGGACCCCAGCACAUUACCUCGGUGGACCCCAGCACAUUACCCUGGUGGACCCCAGCACAUUACCUCGGUGGACCCCUGCACAUUACCUCGGUGGACCCCAGCACAUUACCUCGGUGGACCCCAGCACAUUACCUCGGUGGACCCCAGCACAUUACCCUGGUGGACCCCAGCACAUUACCUCGGUGGACCCCAGCACAUUACCUCGGUGGACCCCAGCACAUUACCUCGGUGGACCCCAGCACAUUACCUCGGUGGACCCCAGCACAUCACGGUAA